AUGACCGUCCCUGCCGAACCAGAGGCGAUCCUCUCCCCGCGCUCGGAGAUCCCACCUGCCGCCUCCCCCCUCUCCGCCCCUUUGCACCACGUCACACCUCUCCUCUUCUCCCCUUCCCUCUCGGCGCGCACGGGUCACAAUAUAUAUCUCAAGCUCGACAUCGAUCAACCCUCGGGGUCGUUCAAGCUUCGGGGCGUGGGAGCGAUCUGUCAAUCCGCCCUUGCCGCUUCGGGUGACACGCAUCUGGUCUCGUCUUCCGGCGGGAAUGCGGGGUUGGCGGUGGCUUAUGCGGCGAGUAGGGCAGGGGUGGGGUGUACGAUCUUUGUCCCGGCGUCGACCGAGACCGACGUAGUGGAGCGGUUGAGGAAGGAGGGAGCAAGAGUCGUUAUCGGGGGCGACGCCUGGGAUGUAGCUGAUGCUGCCGCACGGGAAGAGGUUCGGGAGACAGGAGGGACGUACGUUCAUCCGUUUGAAGGCGAGGUGCUGGUGAAUGGGCACAGUAGUGUGGUGGACGAGAUCUAUGAUCAGAUGCCCGAGGGGGAGCGGGUGGACGUGCUGGUGAGCAGUGUGGGCGGGGGCGGGUUGCUGCGAGGCAUCAUCCAAGGGGUGACUCGUCAGGGUGGGAAGAAACCCGUGUUGGUGGGUGUACAGAAUUUUGGCGUGGACUCGUUCAAUCGUUCGCUAGACCAAUGGAGCGCGUGCGGUGAGGAGGGCGUAGUGACGCUAGAGAGGAUCGAGAGCAAGUGCACCUCGAUGGGCACCAAAAAGUGCUCCGCUGCCACGCUACGCGACGCCAUCGAGUUCCAGAAGGACGGAGGGAGGUUGGUGAGCCUCACAGUGACCGACGAGCUGAGUGCGUCCGCAUGCUGGCAGUUCGCCGAGGAGAAGCUGCCAGAUGGGAGGAAGAGGAUGGUCGAGUUGAGCUGCGCAAGCGCUCUGACGACGGUGUACCACCCGUGGGUGCUGGAGAGGGUGUUGGAUGGGCUAGAGGGCGAAAAGGGGAGGAAGUUGAAUGUUGUUAUCGAGGUGUGCGGUGGGAGUAAGGUCAACCAAGCUAUGCUGAAGGAGUACAAGGAGAAGAACGGGAAGAUGGAAGGUAGAGAUAGGAUCCGGGUCAACGGUGUUGACUUUCCCGCUUCGUCUGCGUAG